AUGCCAACGAUGGAGAAGGUUCCUAGAACUUACAACACAGACGAUGGGGGGGUUGUUGGAUACCCAACCGACUCUAGUCAGCCUGUGGUCUAUGACGAUCUUGAUCCUUUUGGACACGAGGAAAACCAUCAAAUUAAGUACAAGACACUAUCGUGGCAUCUUGUUGCUGUCCUCAUGAUCGCCGAGAUCGUGAGCAAUGGCAUGCUCUCUUUACCUUCGUCACUGGCGGUGGUAGGAAUUGUCCCUGGGGUCGUUCUGAUAGUAUUUCUUGGAAUUUUCGCCACGUAUACAUCUUGGCUUCUCGUCCAAUUCAAGCUACGACAUCCAGAAAUCCAUUCAAUGGGAGACGCAGGCCAAAUCCUCUUCGGGCGUCCUGGACGGGAACUCCUUGCUUUCGGCACCAUAGUCUUCGCCAUAUUUGCAACAGGAGGUCAACUCCUAGCAGGUCAAAUAGCACUUGCGACACUCAGCGAUAAUAAGCUCUGCCUCAUGCUCUACACCGGCAUAUUUGCGAUACCGACCCUUAUCUUUAGUUUUCCGCGCACAAUGGAUCAAUUAUCCUGGCUCUGUAUUCCCUCGGUCAUAUCCAUUCUCAUUGCAGGAAUCGUAGGCAUGAUCGGCGCAGGUCUUCACCCAGCAGCGGACAGGCAAGUCAGCAUUGCCGUGACAUCAGACUUUUACACGGCUUUCAUUGCUAUCACGAAUCCGGUAUUUGCCUACGCCGGCCACUUUAUGUUUUUCAUCCUCAUGUCAGAGAUGCGACGCCCUCAAGAUGCGAUGAAGUCGGCGUACGUACUCCAGGGUUUUGCAACAACUUUCUAUGCCGUGUUUGCCGUCGUAUGCUAUGUCUACCUCGGUAACAGCGUUGCAUCGCCGGCGUUUAGCAGCUUAGAACCGAAAUGGGCAAAGGCAGCUUACGGUCUUGCGUUACCAAAUUUUCUGCUCGCCGGAUCUUUAUACGCGCAUACGGCUGCGAAAUUAAUAUUUGUGAGGAUCUUUCGGAAGAGUCAUCACCUGCAUAGCCACACCGCCAAAGGCUGGGGAACAUGGGCGAUACUGAUUGUGCUAUCAAAUUCUGCUGCUUUUGUAUUAGCUGUUGGUGUGCCUAUUUUUAAUUAUCUCAUCGGGAUUGCGGCAAGCUUGUUCGCUGCCUGGUACACGUAUGGCAUUGCCGGAGCAUUUUGGCUGCACGAUAAUUAUUAUGAUUUUGAUGGAGUGAAGCAAUGGGCCCGUAGAUGGGUUCAAACGCUUGUGGCAGUGUUGACAUUUGCUGCUGGGGGAUUCAUUUGUGUUGCUGGAACAUACGUCACUGUGAAGGGUAUCACAGAAGCGUAUGAGUCGGGAGCUGUUGGGCAACCUUUCAGUUGCUAG